AUGAGCAGAGAAGAUCGUAACAACAACGUGAGCAUGGAGUUCGCAGAUGUGCCAACCCACUCUCGAGGCACUUCAAGACUGCAGGCCGCCAAGUCUGAUCUGGUUGCUACCUUCACAUACAUCCUGCAUAUGAACUCAUUCUGGCUUCUUGUCCUCUCGGCUGGUUUCCGUCAAUUGAGCGGCAAUGUCUUCGGAUAUUACAUGCCCAGCUAUCUCGGCGACACAUACCCUUCACACACCGAGAUCUUCUCCCGCUAUGGCAUCAUCGUCGGUGUCGUAGGAUCAGUCGCAGUGCUAAGUGGUGGCAUCCUCACGUCGGUGCUAUGGCCACGUACCCAGCUAACACCAGUUUACCUGACCGGCAUCGGAGGCAUGAUAAGCGCGCUUUUCGUCCUCCUCAUGGUCUUCUCGCGCGAUAUCGCCGGCGGCUCGGAAGACCGAGGCAUCAAAAUUCUGUACGGCGUCAUGAGUCUUGCAUAUCUCACUGCAGAACUAUGGCUAGGCUGCCUCUUUGCGCUCAUUGCGUUGCUUCUUCCACCGCGCUACAAGACGUUUGGUCUUGCCAUUUGGGGCAGCGUACAAGUACUGAUCUAUUCGUCAGGACCACAGAUCAUCGGUCUAGCAUUGAUGAACGAGGAAACAGCAAGUGAGAGCUACAGGAAGGCUACGCAAUUGUGCUUGGCAAUCAUUAUCCCUGUUGGAUAUUGGCUUGCCGGUGUCGGAUUUUUACUCUCCAUACCAUUGGUGAAGAAAGACUUGAGAGAAGAAUUUGUAUCGGGAAGGUUGAGUGGAAGAAGGAAGAUUAGAUCAGCCAUCUUUGCUGGAGUAUUGGCAGUUGUAGUCAUAACAUUGUUUGUUGUGAGUUUGGUAUACCAGGCGUGA